AUGGCUGGAAAUGCUAGCUCAUCCGAUGAUAUCACUCGUCGCUUCGAAGCCAUGGAGCAGCGCAUCAACGUCCUCCAAAAGGAGAACGAAGCGUUGCACUCUCAAGUUAGGUCCACUGCCUCCAUCGCCACCGGAUCCAGGUUCCAGUACCGACGAGACACCUCCGGGUUAAACCGCCGCUUGGAUCUUGACGCCGCUCCAGAUCACCCCCUCCAUGUACCCUUUGGCGAACCUGGGGGUCCUGUUCUCCAGCAAAUCCGCGAAUUCGAUCCAUUACCGAAUCAACCCCGUUCUAACCCGAGUUGGCUUCCCCCGCCUCCAACUCAACCAUCUUCUGCAAGUACAUCGACAACAGUUGUCACCUCGACGGCUGCCCGGGUAAUCCCACCUCAGGUCGGCAUGACGACAUCCACCAUGGUAACGGCCCCCGCCUCCACUCCAGUGUCUCGUCCGUUGCCUCCCCCAAUGGUGACCAUGUCAAUGCGCUUGCCUGUUACGCUUCCGGCGCAAGGACCAACGCCAUCGAUUCAAAUGCCAUGGGAUCAACUCUUCUCUGUUAGGUUAUGA